AUGAUCGCUUUCGACGCACUGUCUCUCGCCCUGUCUCACCUCGGCCGAGGCCAGCGAGAGGGAGGAAAAGAAGAGCCACGGACCAGGGCCAAUAUGCCGCCCCAUUCCUUGUCACCAGCUGCACAAGGGCCCGGCCAUCUCUUCUCCAUUACAAAUGCUGCCUGCUUAGCCGCUUCGGCACAGGGCCGGCCAAUCGACAUCGUCUUCUCGGUGCCAAAGUGCAUCUCCCGAAAGGACCUCCGGAAAGCAGGUAACCGGCAAUGA